AUGGCGGCAAAACGAGCAGAUGAGUUACGCAUCGAUAUCGCCUCUUUGCCUGACAUCGCACAGGCUGAGAUGGAUUUUCGCGACACCUCAUUUUUCCGAUCGGGGGAUCCCUCGUUACAGCUGCCAUCGCCUGCAUCCAUCAUCCAACAAUUUGGUGACCAAGGAGCUUGCGUCGUGAAGCUGGAACACCUGAAUCUCGCUGUUAAGAUUGGUGGCUCCGACUAUCUACGGCUGGAGGAAGCACAAACCAUGAGAGCCAUCAGACAGGUCUUCGCAGAUAAUGAGGUACCUGUGCCUGAGGUGUUUGGAUGGAGAAAGUACGGCGACGACAACUUCAUCUACAUGAGCCUGAUGCUGGGGCAAACAUUGCGAGAAGCGUGGCCAACGCUCACCAACGAGGACAAAACAUUGAUAUGUGGCGACUUGAGCCGAGUUGUUAAAGAAUUAAGACGACUCGGCCAAGGCUCUUCAAGUCGCUCUAUUGGUAUAUACCCCCAAACAUUUUUCUACAUGGCGCGCGCUGACCACGAUUUAGCGUCCAUCAACGGAGGAACUGUGCAAGAUAAGUUCUUUAAGCUUGAUUACGAAGAGGGUCCAUUUCAGACUAUAAAGUCAUUCAACAACUGGUUGCUUGCUGCUGCGACUCGUCAAAGGCCUGGGCCCAACGGCGUGACAGGCCCAUAUCGAGAAUAUCUGCCCGACACGGGGGAAAUAUAUUUCACUCAUGGGGACCUUACUCUUGGGAACAUUAUUAUAUCUGACGGACCUGGUCCUCGACGAAUUGCAGGUAUUAUUGAUUGGGAGCAAGCUGGCUGGUACCCAGAGUACUGGGAGUACUGUAAGCUGCUGUACGGGUUGAGUACCAACAUGAGUGGCGUAGUGAUGGAUGGGCCGAGAAAGUCAUGA